UCAACCAAGAAUUUUCUACCUACCAAUACCAUAUACCAUAUCCAUUUUCACUCCUAGCUUGAUUAAUACUACCAACUACAGGUAUUGUGAGUUCUCAGCUGUGCAAUUACAUUACAACCUUAAUCGCUUAGCAUACGUAAAUCAUGGACCAACUGAGAAUUGAUGUUGAUACAGCUUCACAAGUGGGACUACUGCAUAAGGAAAUUGUUGGAAAAGCUAUGAUUUACAAGUUGUAUGAAGCUGUUAAAGAAGGACAUGGUGCUAACUUUUUUUUGGUGUUGAAGCAACAGUGUGAGGAAAAUAAGCUACGUUUGUCUGAUGUUUUUGAUAAAGUCACCCUAGCAGGUGAUUCACUGCUUCAUGUGGCAGCAAAUUUGGGGCAAGAAAGGAUUGUGGAGAUGAUUUGUGAUCUCUUUCCUUUGCUUCUAAUUAGGAGAAAUGUAAGAGGUGACACUCCACUUCAUGUUGCUGCGAGGUCUAAGAAAUAUGAUAUAGUCAAGUUGAUUCUCUCCCAAUAUGCCACAAAGAAGUCAACACAUGAUGAGAUGAAAGAUAAAAAGAUAACAAGAGAAACAAAUGAAUGUGGGAAUACUCCUUUGCACGAGGCUGUCUACAGUGGGGAUGUUGAUGUGGUUAAAGAUAUUUUCGACCAGGAUAAGGCUGUAGCCUAUUGUUUGAACAAGUCAAAGAGAUCACCACUGUGUUUGGCAGUGGUGAAUGGUAAUGAGCAAAUUCUCUCACUUCUGUUGCAAAUUCCAUUACCUGCGGACCAGCCGCUUUCACAGUGUCGUCGAAGUUCUCCACUCCACACAGCUAUACACCAUAAAAAAAAAGUUGUGAUACAAGCGAUUAUAGAAAUAAGGCCCGAGCUAGUUUAUUUAAGGGAUGAAGAUGGAAAUACUCCCCUUCAUUAUGCAGCUGACAUUGGUUAUGUUGACGGAUUUCGUAUUUUAUUAAAAAAAUCAUUGCUAAAUAAAUUGGAUCAAACUGCCUUGGAACGAAACAAGAAGGGCCGUCUUCCCCUUCAUCUUGCUUGCAAGAGGGGUUGUGUUGAGAUGGUAAAAGAAUUCUUUGAACCUGGAUCCGGAUGGCCCAUUAAUCCUUAUGUUCUCCUCAAUCAAAAGGGUCAAAACAUUCUUCACAUUGCGGCAAAGAAUGGAAGAGAUAAAGUGGUAGAAUACCUACUAGGAAAUUGCAACACUGAUGAUCUAGAUAUAAACCAGAAAGACUAUGAUGGGAACACAUCAUUGCAUUUGGCUUCCAAAAAUUUAUUUCCGCAAGUUAUCAAGUUGAUCACAGAGGAUAAUAGGACUGAUCUGAAUCUCACGAAUGAAGACGGUUUAACGGCUGGAGAUAUCAGUAAGACCUUUAAACAUCCAAUGUUGCGUAGAAGAGAGAUUUUUUCCAUGAAGUUAUUAAAAAGAGCUGGAGUCCAUGUAAAUCACAUGUUGCAUUCUCAACGCCAACCACAGCCUGAAAAAGACACCUCUGAUUUUCAACUCCAAUCACAGCCUGAAAAAGACACCCGUCAGGCAUUUUUGAUUGUUGCAGCGUUGUUGAUGACAGUGUCAUUUGCAGCUGCUUUUACUGUACCAGGAGGUGUAUAUAGCUCUGAUGACCCAAACCCUAAAAUUAGAGGAACUGCAGUUUUGGCUCGUAAACCAUUAUUCGUGAUAUUCACCAUCUUCAAUAUCAUAACUAUGUGUAGCUCCGCAAUGGCAUGUGCACUUCUGUCUGUGGGAAUGGUUCUUCAGUCUGAACUUACUCCUACAAUUCAAUUUUCGCUCGUGUGUUUGUUAUAUGCCUUUUUCGCAGCACCAGUGGCGUUUAUAGCUGCUGUAGUUAUAGUUGUGGCCAAUAACUAUUUACUCACAAUUGCUACAAGCGGCAUUGGAUGCGUGCUCGCUUUCUACACCGUUACGUUAAUACUACCUUCAGUACUAUCAUAUCUACAAGAAAAAGCGAACACUGAUGCAAUUAUAGUGCAUAGUCCAAUACUUCGACCUCUUUAUUGCUGUUCGAUUCUUUUCUCGACAAUAGGUGGUAAGCCCAAAAUUCUUCUUCAUUCUCAGAAAGCAAACAAGGACAAGGACAAUUGAUUAGAAGAGCAUGUGCAACAAGGCAAUUGAGUAGAAGUUAUUAUUGUUUUUACUGGGAUAGAAUAAGAAAGAUAAUUCAGAUCUUGCUCAUUUAACUUUCCUUUAUGUAUGACAUGAAACUUGGGAUUUGUUUGUCAAAUUGAAACUGAAAAAUUUAGUUAAAAAUUAAGGUAAUGUUUGAUUUGAUGGCUUA